GAUGAAUUCCUAGCCUUAAGCCUCAAAGGGACUAAAUUUUGGCUAUGUAGUGAUGAACAAAUCAAAUAUCGCCACAUGGCGGUAGUGUAAUCUUGAAUUUGUGGCAAGGAUUGAAAAUCCAAUCUUCAAAAAAAAAAACACAAUAUCAUAACUUGCUAUAAGUCUUCCCAUUUCAUUUGUCUCACAUUCCCUCAGGAAUUCUCAAGAGCUUUCAUAACAUAAUCCCCUUCACUUACUCUUUAGCGUUGUUUGGAUCUCUACCGUUGGAUUGAAAUGGCUACUGCUAUCUCAACCCUUGGAGCUGCCAACAAGGCACUUUUGAGCUUGAAUGGCUCAAAUGUAGGAGCAACAGUCCCAACAUCAGCAUUCAUGGGGUGCAGCUUAAAGAAGCACAACAAUGUGAGAUUCCCAAGCAGCUCCAGGGCUUCUUCCAUGACUAUCAAAGCUGCUGACUACGACGAGCAAAAGCAAACCAGCAAGGACAGAUGGGCUCAUUUGGCCACCGAUCAGUCUGACGAUCAGCUCGACAUUCGUCGUGGUAAGGGUGCUGUCGACUCGCUCUUCCAAGCACCGGCCGAUAUGGGUACUCAUGUUGUUGUUCAGUCUAGCUGGGAAUAUGAAAGUUCUGGACUUAAAAAGUACAACUUGGACAACAUGUUGGGUGAUUUCUACAUUGCUCCUGCUUUCAUGGACAAGCUUGUUGUUCACAUUACCAAGAACUUCUUGAACUUGCCCAACAUCAAGGUUCCACUUAUCUUGGGCAUUUGGGGAGGAAAAGGUCAAGGAAAAUCCUUCCAAUGUGAGCUUGUGUUUGCCAAGAUGGGAAUUAACCCAAUCAUGAUGAGUGCUGGAGAAUUAGAAAGUGGAAAUGCCGGAGAGCCUGCUAAAUUGAUUAGGCAAAGGUAUAGAGAGGCUGCAGACAUCAUUGCCAAGGGUAAAAUGUGUGCACUCUUCAUCAACGAUCUCGACGCUGGUGCUGGACGUCUUGGUGGAACCACCCAAUACACCGUUAACAACCAAAUGGUUAACGCCACCCUCAUGAACAUCGCUGACAACCCAACCAACGUCCAACUUCCGGGUAUGUACAACAAGCAAGAGAAUGCCCGUGUCCCCAUCAUUGUCACCGGUAACGAUUUCUCCACCUUGUACGCUCCCCUUAUUCGUGAUGGUCGUAUGGAGAAAUUCUACUGGGCUCCAACCCGUGAGGACCGUAUUGGUGUCUGCACCGGUAUCUUCAGGACUGACAACGUCCCUAAGGAGCACAUUGUCAAGCUUGUUGACUCUUUUCCUGGCCAAUCCAUUGACUUUUUCGGCGCCUUGAGGGCACGUGUAUACGACGAUGAAGUAAGAAAGUGGGUGUCCGGAGUAGGAAUUGAAGCAAUUGGAAAGAAGCUCGUCAACUCAAGGGAAGGACCACCAACCUUUGAGCAACCAAAGAUGACCAUUGAGAAGUUGAUGGAGUACGGAAACAUGUUGGUGCAAGAACAAGAGAAUGUGAAGAGAGUCCAACUUGCUGACAAGUACUUAAGCGAAGCUGCUCUUGGUGAUGCUAACAAAGAUGCCAUUGAAAGUGGAAGUUUCUUCGGUGGCCAAGCAGCUGCUCAACAAGGUAAAAUACCAGUUCCUGAAGGUUGUACUGACCCAAAUGCAGCAAAUUUCGACCCAACUGCAAGGAGUGAUGAUGGGAGCUGCACAUACACUUUCUAGGCUGUUUUUUGUUUCUAUUUGUUGUGUUGUUAAUUAGUUUAAUUAAUGAGAAAAGGGGAACAAUUUUAAGUUUGCCUUUAUGAAAUGGAAAGAUUAUAAUAAUAAUAAUUAUUAUUAUUCCAUCA